AUGUCCGACACGACCGUCUUCAUUAACGGCCGCAUCUACGCGACCCCGCGCGAGCAACAAGCGGAGGCGCAAGCCGCGCCCGUCUUCGCCGAGUGCAUGGUCGUCGCCGACGGCCUGAUCCGCCACGUCGGCGCCCGAGCGGACCAACCCGUCCAGGCGGCCCUCGCCGCCGGCCCCGCCACCACCACACAGGACCUCGCCGGCCGCUACAUCCUGCCCGGCUUCGUCGACGGCCACCUGCACCUACUCAUGGUCGGGCAGGCGCUCCAAAAAAUCAGCCUGGACCACUGCAAGACGCUCGCCGACGUGCGCGCCGCCAUCGCCGCCGGCGCGGCCGCCGACGCCACCUCCCCGCGGCUGUUCGCGCGCGGCUGGACGCACAGCAUGACGCCCGACGGCGUCGACUGCGCGGCGCUCGACGACCUCGACCCGCGGCCCAUCUUCGUCGACACCAAGGACCUGCACAGCACCUGGUGCAACAGCGCCGCGCUGGCGGAGAUUUGCGCCCGCACGGGGCUGUCGGACGCGUCGCCGGACCCCGCGGGCGGCACGCUCCAGCGCGACGCGCAGGGGAGGCUCAACGGGGUGUUCAACGAGGGCGCCGUCUUCCAGGUGAUUUGGCCGUUUGUGGCGAGUGUCGCGUCGAUGGAGGAGAAGAAGGCGUCGAUCCGCGCGGCGAUUGCGCACUUCAGCGCGGCCGGAUAUACCGGCAUGGUGGACAUGGCCAUGGACGACAACAUCUGGGACCCGCUGAUCUCCCUGCGUGAGGAGGGGGGGUUGGGCGCGAUGCGCAUCGCCGCGUACUGGCUGAUGAAGCCCAACGACUCGCUCGACGAGGUGCUGGCGCAGGUCGACCGCGCGGCGGAGAUGGCGGGCCGGCACAACGCGACGACCACGCCGGACUGCCGCGUGGUCGGCAUCAAGGUCAUCUGCGACGGCAUCGUCGACGCGUGCACCGCCUCGCUCACCGAGCCCUACGCCAACGGCGCGGACCCGGACGCGCUGUGGCCCGCGGACGUCCUUCACAAGGUCGUCGCCAAGGCGCACCGGCUCGGGCUGCAGGUCGCGCUGCACGCCAUCGGCGACCGCACCGUGACAAUGGUCAUCGACGUGCUCGAGGCCAACACGGACGCCUCGCGCCGUCCGCGCGUGGAGCACCUGGAGCUGGCCUCGCCCGCGGACGCGGCGCGCCUCGGCAAGCUGGGCAUCACCGCGUCGGUGCAACCGGUGCACGCGGACCCGGCGAUCCUGCGCGCGUGGCCCGCGCUGCUCGGCGCGGACCGGUGCCGCCGCGCGUUCGCCUACCGCGAGUUCGUCGAUGGCGGCGCGGUGCUGGCGCUCGGCUCGGACGCGCCGACGGCGCCGCACGUGCCGCUGCCGAACCUGUACGUGGCGACGACGCGGAGGUCGUACCGCGAGCGGGAGCUGCAGACGGUGGUGAACCCGGAGUUUGCGCUGACGGUGGCGCAGGCGAUCUCGGGGGCGACGCACGGGUCGGCGUACUCGUGCUUCGCGGACGGCGAGACGGGAAGCCUGGAGGUCGGGAAGAAGGCGGACUUUGUGGUGGUGGACAUGGAGCCCACGCCGGAGAAGCUGAUUGACGCCGUGGUGCAGGAGACGUGGUUUGAGGGGCGGAUGGUGUUUAAGAAGGGGUAG